UGCACCUUUCACUGGUGUAAGUUGGGGGAAUUAUGCCCAGUUGUUGAAAAGGCUGUCCUAUGUAGCAAGGUUGAGCAAAUUUUCAGGACUGGAUGGACCAUCGACGGACUGACAACUCAUGGGGCCCCGGGCAAUAGGGGAUCAUGGGGCCCCUGUGUCCUUGCCCAAACUCAAAAAAGCCUAUGAAAAAGGUACCAGGGGCAUCUCAUGGGGCCCCCUACUGACCCUGGGCCCUCGGGCAGUGCCCAAGUUUCCAAAUGGUCAGUCCGCCCCUGGGAUGGACAGAAGUACAAAUUCCAUUGGCAAG